AUGGCAGAAGCUAUCCAGCUUGAACACACAGACCCCAACGCCGUUGCGUUGGAUCAGAUUGACGUGAGCCGACCGGAGCUUAUGCAAAGUGAUACGCAUUGGGGUUACUUUGCACGCCUGCGUGCUGAAGAUCCGGUGCAUUAUUGUGCGGAUAGCUUUUUUGGUCCGUACUGGUCGAUUACCAAGUUCAACGACAUUAUGGAAAUUGAGAAGGAUCAUCAGACCUUCUCAUCAAACGAGAGUAUUACGCUGGCAGAACGUCCUGCGGAUUUCGAAACCACUAAUUUUAUUGCUAUGGAUCCUCCCAAACACGAUGUGCAGCGCAAAACUGUACAAGGUGUGGUGGCGCCUAUGAAUCUGGCAAAACUGGAAGGCACUAUCCGCGAACGCGCGCAGAAAAUUCUGGAUUCUGUGCCUGUUGGUGAAACAUUUGAUUGGGUAGAUCACGUGUCUAUUGAGCUCACCACGCAGAUGCUGGCAACCAUUUUCGAUUUUCCCUUUGAAGAUCGUCGCAAGUUGACCUACUGGUCAGAUAUGGCCACGUCUGGAGAGCUGGCAGGUGGACCUACGCCUGAGCCUGUGCGUCGCGCUGCUUUGUUGGAAUGUCUGGACUAUUUCACCCGACUCAAAGAGCAGCGGCUGCAGGAAGAACCUAAGCCGGAUCUGCUGUCGAUGCUGGCACACGGUAAAGACACGCAGAACAUUCCGCCGAUGGAGUUUUUAGGUAAUCUCAUAUUGCUGAUUGUCGGCGGCAAUGACACCACGCGGAAUUCCAUUUCAGGUGGUGUGCUGGCCUUGAAUCAGAACCCGGCGGAGUAUGACAAGCUGCGCAACAAUUUGAGUCUGAUACCCAGCAUGGUGUCUGAAAUCAUUCGUUACCAGACACCGCUGGCCUAUAUGCGCCGCACGGCCACCAAAGAUGUGGAGUUCCGCGGUAAGCAGAUCAGGAAGGGUGACAAGCUGGCUAUGUGGUAUGUCUCAGGCAACCGUGAUGGCGAGGCGAUUGAAAAUCCGGACAGUUUUAUCAUCGACCGUAAAACACCGCGUCAUCAUCUGUCGUUUGGCUUUGGCGUUCACCGAUGUAUGGGUAAUCGCCUGGCAGAAAUGCAGCUGCGGGUCCUGUGGGAAGAAAUCAUGCAGCGCUUCCGCAUGAUCGAGGUGGUUGGCGAUGUGGAACGUGUGCAAUCGAGCUUUGUACGCGGAUACGCACAUAUGCCCGUGAGAGUGCACCCCCACUAG